AUGCAUGCUCCCACUGAGUUUCAUUGGAGUUUAGUCAAGCGAAUACUACGGUAUCUCAAAAAUACAUCUACCUUUGGCAUUCUCCUUAAGCCAUCAUCUUCUACACAGUUAUCAUUUAGCGCCUAUACUGAUUCUGAUUGGGCUGGUUCUCUAGAUGGUCGUCGUUCUACUAGUGGUUAUUUUAUUUAUUUGGGUGGUAAUAUAAUCUCUUGGAGUGCACGUAAACAGAAAACGGUAUCUCGUUCUAGUACUGAAGCUGAAUAUCGAGGACUUGCAAUUGCUACUGCAGAAAUCAUGUGGAUUCAGUCACUUCUUUCAGAGUUACAUGUCUCCACUAGCUCUCCCCCUGUUUUAUGA